AUGAUGUUUUUAACACCUUUAGAAGGUGAUUUGAUGAAGCAGCAGCAUAGGGGAAAGAGCAGCAGCAGCGGUACAAGUGCCGCCUUUAGAGAGCAGCAGCAGCAACAGCAGCAACAACCACGGCAGCAGCAGCAGCAACAGCAACAGCAGCAGCAGGGACUUCCGAAUAUGGGGGUCUUCAGCGCCAUCAGGCUGCAGGCGAUGCUGCCGCUGCUGCUGCUGCUGUGUGGGGCGCUGCUGCCUUCAUCAUUAGCAGCAGCCGAUGCAGCAGCAGCAGAUGCAGCAGCAGCGAGCGGUUGGUUCUCUUCGUUUGAUGUUCAGACACCGCAGGAAGCUGCAAUUGCUGCUGCAGCUGCGAUAGAGCGUGGAAGGAGCAUGCUGCUGCUGCAGCAAGGGCAUCAGCAGGAGCAGCAGCAGCAGGAGGAGGGGUCUCUGCCCAGCAGCAAGAAGAAUGAUGUGCGUUUUCUGCUGCCAUCAUCCGCAGCAGCAAGACUAGAUGAGUCUCCGCAGCAGCUUCAUUUUUCUGCUGCAACAUCAAAGGGACCGAACAGCAGCAGCAGCAGCAGCAGGAGCAGAAGCAGCGAAAACAGCAGCGAAAACAGCAGCGACAACAACAUCAACACCAACAACAGCAACAACGAGAGCAGCAACAGCAACAACAGCAACAGCAGCAGCAGCAACAGCAGCAGCAGCAGCAGCAGCAAGAGAGAAUCGUAUGACUGGGGGCGUACUUGGUUGCUGAUCGGCUGCAGCACUUUGUUAGUUUGCUUCGCGGGGGUUUCAAGCGGCCUAACCACAGGGUACAUGGCCUUCGAUGAGCUGCAGCUGCUCGUGCUGCAGGAGACAGGCACAGAGACAGAGAAGCAGCAGUAA